AUGGAUAAUUUAGAUAGAAGUUGGAUGAGUCUCAGACGAUGCAGUGAUAAAUAUACUAGUGGAGUGAAUGAUUUUCUUGAUAAGGCAUUUCAACGAGCUUCUAAAGGAAAUGAAAUAUUAUGCCCUUGCAAAAAAUGCAUCAAUCGUUAUUGGCAUUAUAGAAAUGUGGUGGAGGAUCACUUGAUUGUAAAUGGAUUUGUGGAUGGAUACAACAAAUGGAUUUUUCACGGGGAGAGACUUUCCUCACGAAAUACACCACUUUCACGCAACCAUGAUGAUAUUGAUGGACUACUUCAUGAUACAUUUCGAAAUAUCGAGGGUGAAACAGGGCAUGGAGAAGGAGAGAGAGAAGGGCUGUCUGAAGAUGCAAAGAGAUUUUUUAAAUUAGUGGAUGAAGGAAAAAAAGAGCUAUAUCCAGGGUGUGAGAACUUCAGUAAGCUGAGUUUCAUCAUUCGGCUAUACUUGCUUAAAUCUCUACAUGGGUUGAGUGAUGUGGCUUUUACUGAUCUGUUAGACUUGUUAAAAGAAGCAUUUCCCUUUGCUCAACUGCCUGAGUCUUUCAGUAAAGCUAAAAAAAUGAUAAAAGAUUUGGGUCUCGGCUAUGACAAAAUACAUGCAUGCCCUAACGAUUGCAUGUUAUUUUGGAAUGAAAAUGCGGAGAAAGAUAAUUGCUCUGUGUGUGGGUCUUCUAGAUGGUCAAAUGAGGGUAAUGACAUGACUAAUGCAAGCUCUAAAAUACCAGCAAAGAUUUUAAGGCAUCCUGCUGAUGGAGAAGCUUGGAAGGAUUUUGAUUCUAUGCAUCCAAACUUCUUAAAAGAUCCUCGUAAUGUUCGAUUGGGCCUUUCAAGUGAUGGUUUCAAUCCAUUUCGAACUAUGAGUAUUUCCCAUAGUACCUGGCCUGUUAUGUUGAUGAACUAUAAUUUAUCACCAUGGAUUUGCAUGAAGCCAGAGUAUAUGAUGUUGUCGAUGAUCAUUCCAGGGCCAUCAUCUCCUGGACAGGAUAUAGAUGUGUACCUACAACCAUUAAUUGUUGAAUUGAAGGAACUAUGGGAAUUUGGGAUAGAAACAUAUGAUGCUCAUACAAAUCAAACAUUCCAAAUGCGUGCAGCUUUAAUGUGGACAAUUAGUGAUUUUCCAGCUCUAGCAAUGCUUUCUGGAUGGAGUACUAAGGGAAAAUUAGCAUGCCCCACAUGUAACUACGACACAUGCUCUCAAUAUCUCAAACAUAGUCGUAAAAUGUGUUACUUAGGUCAUCGGGCAUUUUCGCCUCCUGAUCAUCCAUUUAGAAGAGACAAAAAAUCUUUUAAUGGAGGGGAGGAUCAUAGACCUGCACCUACAUCCUUGUCGGGCAUAGAAGUCUUGGAAAAGUUACAUGAUUUCAAUAAUGUUUUUGGGAAGGGCAACAAGAAAAGACGUCGAAAUAAUGAGGGUCCAUGGAAGAAAAGAUCCAUCUUUUUUGAAUUACCAUAUUGGAAACAUAAUAAGUUAAGGCACAAUCUUGAUGUGAUGCAUAUUGAGAAAAAUAUAUGUGAUAGUUUGCUUGGGACUUUAUUAGAUAUCCCAGGAAAGUAA